AUGGCCUACUUCACCGACAACUCCGCCGACCAACUCAUCGCCGGGAGCCUCCGCUCGGGCGACGUGGUGCUGAUCAACAGGCCGUGUCGCAGCCUACAUCCGCCCGCGGCGGCGCUCUGCUGGCUCUCGAAGCACGGCCUCUCGGGCGACGGGCGGGGCUGGGACCACGCUGCACUCGUCGUCGUCAACGAGAAGAGUGAGGAGCGACUGAUGCAGGGGGGCGACAUCGCCGAGGCGACGCUGCUGCCGCUGCGCGGCGAGCGCGACACCACAGCGCUGCAGGCACCGCCGCGAAAGCAGAGAGCCGGAGCCCUGGGGUGGGGGAGGGGACGGAGGUGGCAGGCUGGCACGAGAGCGAUGCUCACCGACGAGUUCCGCAUGCAAAAGUCGCCCGACGGAUUCGAUGCCGACGCGAGCCUUACUAGAUGCGGAGCCCUCAUGCUCGAGACCACUGGAAGCCUUGACCUCCCCUCUGAUGCCGCGAGCGGUCCGGCGGGCUGCCCGUCCGCCCGCUGCGCAAAUCUGUGGGAGGUGUACAGGCGGAUGCGCGCGGGAGACCGGAGACACGCGACUCUCACCCCUGCCGACCUGAAGCGGUUGCCGCUCUUUGAGCGGCCAAUCACGCUGCGGAGCUGA